CAGUUGGCCCUUCACAGCACGGGUUGAAGGUAGUUAUGUAUGAUCGAAACCCGUGUGCAACUCAAUAGAAUUUUAACCAUAAUAUAUCAAAGUAAUACUCGUAGCGCGCGGAUCUCUGUUUUUGAUGAUACGGAACUACCGACUGGUAUUGGUUGUUAUAUAUAGCAAAACGUCGUCUGCUCUUCAUGAUAGCGAGCUGGACUAAGUAAUUACACGAGUCCAGUUUAAGCUUCAGACGCCAGAGCCUUGCCUUUACGGGUUCUGGCAAAAAUUGGAAUAAACAAACAUAGAAGUCUUCUCGGUAAACAGAAUGUGUGGUAUUCACGUGUCUUAAGAUGUGAAUUGUUAAAAGAAACGGCUAUGAAGAUUAGCUUCUGGUAUUAGUGGGAGACAGAAGAGAAGAAACACGUCUUUAUUGAACAUUAAUAAAUAAAUUAAGAGCGGUGAAUGUUUAAAGUUGUCCAUAAGACGGCUUAACAGAUUAGAUUAUUUUUAAGUAAAAAAACAGAACGUUUUUCUGCAGUCGACUAAUCUAUGUCGAAUUAGCCCAUAUUAGCGUCCAUUCUCUAGACAAGGAUUAGAGGUGAUCCGAAAGGUCUUUAGCAACAGACAACAUUCUCUCAAAGUGAAUUCCGCUAAACGUGUUGAAACAAUUCGUUUAAUGGUCGUUGCCCGUUUCUGAUGGACUCUGGACAAUUGAAUUCGUCUUGUAAUAGACAGAACCAACCUACUGUGUAAAUGUGAGUGCACAUUCAAGACGGGUCUAAAAUUUACUGCCUGUAUCGAUUAAGCGUUUAGGGAUCUUUACGUAUAUCGCACGUCGAGUGUGAAACAAACAUACUUACUCUUCCGACCACCAUAAGUCAAGAUUUUAUUUUGAAAGACAGGGGUUUUUAUAUUGAGUGACAGCGGUAACGGCGAUAAUACGAUAACCCCAAAUUGGCAAUCGUCACGACCAAAGUGUGUUUCUAACCUGUAAAAGCCAAUUGGAUAUAUUAAUCAUAUUUUGUGGGAGAAAACUAGAUCUUAUUGGUGACAAAGUGACACGUUUUUCGCUUUUCUAAUCAAUAUUCGGAUAUCUUAUUGUUAGAAGAUUUGAUUCCAGUUCAAUGCCAAGAGUAACAAGCAAUUGUGGAACUGUGCCAAAAUCAAAUUGUAUAUUUUCUACAUUGGAAUUGGAAAACCGAAUCCAAUAAUUCUAAUUCACACAGCAAAAGAGGACAGUUGACUGAAAUUUGGGUUAUUGUCAUUAAGUAUUUAUAUGGUCACGAGUGGUAUACAGAUAGUAUAACUUCAGAGGGUGUUAUCAAUUGAAAGGUAUCCUGGUAAGCCCGUACAGCAGUUGAUAGAUUAUUAUGUAAGUUAUAGAUAGCAUAAGACCUUGUCAACUAACCGCGAAACAAUAUAACGAAUUGUCUGUGCGAGAGGAAAAGUAAUCAAGAAAGGUCUUUAAGGAUAUUUUAUAUCUGGAAGUGCCAUCAAAUGAUAAAGAUUAAUAGGACAUCGCGGAGCUGGCCGAACUUCUAAGAUAUCUCUACAAGAGCAUCAGCUUGAUACUUGUUGGAAAGUAGACCGCUCUUCACAUAGGUCAUAGAUUUCUUCUUUCAUCAACGAAUAGAAUUACGCGCAUUAAAGUGUGGAUAACUUUUUUCGUGCUGGAUAUCUUAAUCGAGUUCCUUGAGAACGUGCAUUAUUUCCUGUUGUGGAUUAUGAGAUUAUAAAAUGUAUCACUUUACAAAUUUUAGUCGGGGAUAUGUUGCAGAGUUUUUUGUCAACGAAUCAGAUAUAUGUAAAAGCUGGCUUUUACUGCCAGCAGAAAAUCUGUGGCCAGAAUGGUUGAGGGGUGUUCUUUACAUUGCUGCAUUAAUAUAUCUGUUUAUGGGAAUAGCUAUUGCUUCAGAUGUAUUUAUGUGUAGUAUAGAAGUCAUAACCAGCAAAAAGAGAAUCAUUUCGUAUUAUGAUAAUGAAAAAGGCCAAAAUGUUGAACGUGAAGUGUUACUAUGGAAUGAAACUGUGGCAAAUCUGACAUUAAUGGCGCUUGGCAGCAGUGCCCCUGAAAUUCUCCUAGCUACAAUUGAAACAGUGAUAAACUUAGGAAGUGAAAAACAAGAAGAUGCCUUGGGUACAUUCACUAUUAUUGGAAGUGCAGCAUUCAAUUUGUUAAUUAUCACUGCAAUUUGUGUUGUCAGUGUAGAUUCCCCAGACAUAAAAAAAAUUCGUGAAUUAGGAGUGUUCGUAUUAACUUCUAUCUGGUCAAUAUGGGCUUACGUAUGGAUGUUAUUGGUAGUUUCAUAUAUAACUCCGGGUGUAGUUACACUUUGGGAGGCAUGGGUGACUUUAGCCUUUUUCCCAAUAUUUGUUAUUAUGGCGUAUCUUCAAGAUCAUGGAUGGAGCUGUGCUAAGAAAGUUGAAGGCAUUGAAAAUGAAGAUGAUGACUCUGGAAUUCGUAUUGUGGAUAUGAAUAGACAUGGUUCUUUAACUGGUCAUGUUCCCAAAGAACUUCAGGUAUUAGAACAAGAAAGAGCACACAGAAUGAGUAUUGCAAGUUUGAAUCUUGACAAAGAAAGGAAGAGAUUAGCAGAAAAGCUACAUGGUGGACAUAGUUCUCAAAAUACAUUAAAUGAGAUCACUGACAAUGAUUCCACACUGAGGCUGAAAUCUGAAUCACUUGGUGAUGUGGAACUUUUUGAACCUGUUAGCAAAUCGGGUAUCAGUCCAGAACUUUCUGAUUCUGAAAGUACUGAAAAUGUAAAUGGUCAUGGUCCAAGUACUCAUCGUGUUGCUGUACGCAAAGCUUCCAACGAACCUCAAGUAUUUGCCAGAGCAAGUGAGAACAGAUUCAGAUUUCGUCAUGCUGCAGUAAGUGCUUUGAUGGGUGGAACUGUCAGUCAUACAAGCCACAGUCAUUCUAAGUUACCCCAUUUAGUGGAUGUUGUGGCUAAGAUGAGAAUCCUCAAUGAAGCAUCUAAGUUAGGAAAAGCCCCUGAAGCACUAGAGAGACAAAUUUUAGUCUCACAAAAAUUUGAAGGUGAUUUAACAGGCAAAUUUACAUUUGCAUCUGAUCGUUAUGCUGUAUUAGAAAGUGCUGGUAUGCUGGAAGUUGAUGUUCUAUUUCACAGACACAUUCUAUCAAGAGGAAAAUUAAGUAUAAUGAAUGAGACAGUAACAUAUAAAAAUGGAGAUAUACAUUCCGGAGAAACAGAAGGUGUUGAAAUGGUGAAAGGAGUUGUAUCAGUAGAUUUUGAAACUAGAGAAGGCUCAGCUAAACCAGGCAAAGAUUAUAAAUAUACCACAGGAACAUUGAUAUUUAAAGAAAAUGAGUACAAGAGAACACUGCUAAUUCCUAUUAUCAAUGAUAACCAGUAUGAGGCCGAUGUGGAUUUCUAUGUUAUAUUAAAGAAUCCUAAAGGUGGUGGAGGAUUAGGAGAUCCAAGUGUGUCUAGAGUUACUAUUGUUGAUGAUGAUGAACCUGGUGAGUUUCUGUUUGAAGAACCACAUUAUCAAGCAGAUAUGAAGAAAGGACAGGUAACAGUUAAAGUCAUGAGGGAACAUGGUUAUGAUGGUAAAGUUACAAUAGAAUAUUCUACAAUUGAUGGUACAGCUCAUGGUGGAGAGAGAUUAAAGCCAGGUGUUGAUUAUAUAGUUGCUAAUGGUACAAUAAACUUCUCACAUUCAGAGACAUCAAAAACAUUCUCAAUACCUGUUAAUAAAGAUUCCAAGGGUGCACUUAACUUUAUAAUUGCUUUACGCAAUCCCAGUCUGGGUGCGAAGAUUGGUGAAAGAAGUGCUACUGUGUGUCAUAUAAAUAAAGAUGAAUUAAUUGAAAGAUUGGCAGAAGUUUUAGAAGAUGAAGAGGAGAAGGAGGUUACAUGGGGUUCUCAAUUUGCUAAUGCUAUGACGGUAGGAGGUGAUACCGAUAGUGAAGGAAAUGAAGUUGAUCCUAAAUGGUCUCACUACCUCAUGCAUUUCUUUACUUUUUUCUGGAAGCUCCUUUGUGCACUUAUACCACCAACGAAUUGUCUUGGAGCUUGGCCGACGUUUGUUUUUUCGUUAACAGUUAUUGCUGUUUUAACUGCUUUUGUUGAACAGUUAGGUCAUUUGAUAGGUUGUGUUAUAGGAUUAAGAACAAGUGUUACUGGUAUAACUAUAAUAGCUUUAGGCACUAGCGUACCUGAUACGUUUGCCAGUCGAACAGCUGCUAAGCAAGAUACUCACGCUGAUGCAGCUAUUGGAAAUGUUACAGGUAGUAACAGUGUCAAUGUAUUUCUUGGAUUAGGUUUACCGUGGGUUAUUGCUACUGUAUAUGCAGCAAUUUCAGGUACAGAAUAUCAGGUCAAGACCACCAAUUUAACAGAGAGUGUCAUCAUUUUCAGUACCUGUGGUACAAUUUGUAUCAUAUUACUACUUCUAAGAAGAGUGUUUGUUGGUGGAGAAUUAGGAGGAAAGGAUAAAAUUGUGAAGUAUGCUAGUAGUAUCUUUUUGAUUGGACUGUGGGUAAUUUAUAUCUUGUUAGCCAGUCUUGUGGCAUAUGAUUAUAACAUUAUUCCCUUGCCAAAAUAGGUAACUGUUUAUUGAAGGUAAAUUGAAUAACUGAAGUUAAACUUUUCAUGAAUAGAUCCAGUUACAAUUUAACAAUUAGUAACAAUAAAAGAAGAGAAUUCUUUUUUAUACCAUAUCCAAAGUUAUGUAGAGAUAUUUGAUGAUUAGAAGAAUGUGUUUUGCAUCCAGUGAAUAUAUUGAUCAAGUGAAACAACUAUUUUUCAAUCAAGCUCUGUUGAGAGAAACAGGAACUUUUGAAAAAUGUAAUCUUACUCAAUAAGAUAAGGACAGAGAAAAGACAAUGAGAUGAACAUUGUGGAUAUGGAACUUUAUGAGAAAUGUGGUGAGGAACAAUAAACUGUGUUAUUGUACUAUUGUAGACAAUCCAUUUAUUUUGAGAAUUAAAAUACUCAAACGGAAUGAAAGUUAGAGACAAAGAUAUAUAGAAUCAUGCUCCCAGAGUGUGUGAUGUAAUUAAUAUAAAUACAGUAGCAAUAAUAGAUAUUAUUAUUUAUCAAUUCAUUGUGCUAUAUUGUGAAUCUUCUAUAUCAGAUUAUGAACUGUACUAAAAUGGAAUAACUAUAAGAUUAACAUAGUGUGUAAUAUCUGCGUAUCUUGUCAAUAUCAACUGGAGUGACUUAAAUUGUUUGGAUUAUGUAGGUGAUAUUUAAAACAGUAUUCAGAAGUAUGAAAAAACACAAGAAGUGAACCUGUAAGAAAAAAUGAAUUAAAAAGGGAUACAAGUUCAAUGAAUUAUCUACAUUUUAUAUUCUCUUUGUUGCCAAAUUUUUGUUUAAUGUUGUUAUUAUGUUAAUUAUUGAGUUAGAUAUUGUUGUUAUUUGUAGUUAACUAUAUAUUUACCAAAUUUACAACUUUUCACUCCUGUUGAUUGAUAGCUACGGGUGGUGAAAGUUAAGUUAAAUAUCUUGAUCGCAACUUAAGUUAAGUCUUAUUAUGAUGUUACAGACAUUUUUCCUAUGUAGGUGUUUGAUUAAUUCUUUUUUAUUAGCUUUAACAUUAUUUACUUAUUCAAGUUAUUGUGGGAUCAAAAGAAAGUAUUAAAACAGAUAUUUACUAGUAAACACAUUUUUAUUAGGGUCCAAAGCUUAUUGAUCAAAUGUUCAAAUGAAAUAAGAAAAAAACAGAAUAACAACUUUAUGUACUGGUAUGUACUGUCUUCAGUAUAUAUUUUGUGUUCUUUGACUGAUUAACUUUACUAAGGAAAAAUGUUUUCAUGUAAAUAAAGAAACUGUCCCUUUUUGAAAAGAUUAAAACAAAAUUAUUUUGAUUAUAUAUUUCAUAAUUUUAGUCAAUAGCCUAAGUAAAUAUUAUCAAAUAACUUUCAUUAUGUUCAUCAUCCCUGUGAAUUAAGUAAUAGUAUUUUGCAAUUUUGUGUAGACAUUUUUCUUAUUCAAAAGAAAGGUCUAGAUUGUUAUUUUUAUGUUGAUGUAAAAUGUCCCCAUCCCACCCACCUCCCAUUGUUAUUUUAUGAGUUCUUUAAAUUUAAUUUAUUUAUUUAUUUUGACUGUGAUAAGAUGUUAGUCCUUCUUUUGAUUUUAUUACAAUAAUAGACAUUUUAAGCAGAUAUUAUUUACCCACCCACCUACUAAUUAAAUAGCAUAACUUUUCAUUACCCAAAUUAAUUAAUAAAGAGAAGAUUUCUGAAAUAACCAAGAACAUAGAAUUAUUUCCCUGUUGUAUUGAUAUUUUUAUACUUUUUGGACACUCAUUUGUAUUUAAAUUCACCAAUAUCACUGUCUGACUGUGUUUAAAAUCAAAGUCAAAUUGUAUACAUAUCAGUGAAUGUCGGAUCAGCUUAUAUCUCUACUGAUUUAUAUUAAUUCAACCCAUAUUAUUAUAUUCAUUGCUUUAAAAUGGUAAUAUUCAAGCAGUAGUUUAAUUAGUAUUUGUUACAUCCCAGUAGAGAGAUUUAAAAAUUUAUGAUCUCAAGCAUGUGGUUUAAUUCAUCUAUUUAAAUUAUGAAAUGAACAAUACACAAUUGAUAAUAGUCGACCUUGUGUUACUGUUUUGUUCACAUUUACUAAAUAUGUAGAAAAUUAGAAAUAUAAUGCUUAUUAAUGAAGUGACCAUCUUGUUUUAUGGAAACAGAAACUUAUUUUUGAAAAUAUAUUUGUUUGGCUAAUCUGCAGAUUAAACCAUUUUCUAUAAAUAUCCAUGACAUUGUAAAUACAAUCAUUUAAUUAUGUUUCUGUUAGGCGUCAUUUAUGACAGUAUUGCAAUUGUAUAUAUAGAGAGUGAAACCAAUACCUAUAUUCUACCAUCACAUUCCUAUGCAUGAUCUGAAACCUUGUAGCGACUAAUGAUAAUCUUAUCAACAUAUCAAAACCGGUGUGUCACCGUUCUUGCUAUAAUAGUAUUAAUAAUUAAAAAAUACAACAAGGAAAAUGAAUACAGGUAUAUUGAAACUUUCAUUCAAAUUUCUUAUUUUGAGCUGUUAUGAAUGUUUGAAAUUUUGACAAGAUAGGCCCUAUAGCUGAAAAAAUCCUGUUUGUCAAGUUCCAUUGCCACGAUGAUAAACACAUUCUUGAUUUUCAGAUAUUGCACUAAUUGCAGACAUUGUCUAAUCCACUAAAUAUCUCAGACAUAUGAUGCUCUUGUGAGUUGAUUAUGUGCUUGUCAUGUGAAUAAAUAUCAUUUGAAUAAAGAUUUAAAUAAUGGCUUUUGAAGCCAGAAAAAAGAUCUAGAAUAGGCAGAUUUAGUCUUACAUAAUGUAUCUGUAAUCUUAACUCAAGAACUCAUUUCUUGAACAUCUUCAAAUUCUUUAUACAUUUGGUUAACAAUUCAUACCGGUUUUAUAUGUGAAUAAGAUUAUCAACAGAGGAUUUUCCUAUUAUUUCACACAUUUCAUUAGUUGAUAUUUGCAAAGAAUAAUGAAAUGUUUGAAGGAGGUUGUUUGUGUUUAUUUUUUUAUUUAUUGAUGAAAUGUAGACACUAUUUAGAGAAAUGCUGACCAAUAAUGGAGAAACAGGUGGUUUCAUCUUUAAGACGUCUCUUUCUGUCUCAUUAUAAAGUUUGUCAAUUUUACAAAUAAAGUUUGCAGUUAUACCCUC